UGAUCUUCAGCACAUCCGCCUGAUCUGCUACUGUUUACAAAUUAGCCGACUGUCCGCCACACAGGAGAAUGAGGAUCCCUGCAUGAUCUGGACAGAAACAUCCCUUUCUUCAGAGUCUAGACUGAGGAUCACAAGGCUGCGGGUCGCGGCCAUGCAGCACCCCAAUUUCGAGACCCGACACCCUCUCCAGACUGACGAGCAGCAGGAGACGGGCUUCGAUCCGCUCCACAAUUUCAACAAGAAUCGCAGCAGAGGGUCUCUUGACAGCAACACACACCCACAGUCUCAGUCAACCUUCCUCUCGUACAGGAAAGAAUGGGACGACUUGUUCCUCAACAGUAAUUACCUGGCCAGGAUCCGGCAGGCAGGCAUCAACGGCCGACUGAGGAGCAGCCGCUUUCGGAGCGUAUGUUGGAAGUUGUACCUGGAAGUUCUUCCAGAGGAUAAAGGCCAGUGGAUCAACAAGACCAAGGAGCUCCGUGCACAGUAUGAAAAAAUCAAGGAGAUGCACAUCACAAACCCCCGGAAGGCAGCAGGCCAGCAGGACCUGGUGGUCAACAACCCGCUGUCCCAGGAUGAAGGGAGCCUGUGGAACAAGUUUUUCCAGGAUAAAGAGCUGAAGGGGAUGAUAAAGCAGGAUGUGUUCAGAACAUUCCCUGAGAUCCGUUACUUCCAAGAUGAGGACGUGAGGAUCAAGCUGACGGACAUUCUCUUCUGCUAUGCCAGAGAAAACGAGCAGUUACUGUACAAACAGGGGAUGCAUGAGCUGUUGGCCCCCAUAGUGUUUGUGCUUCAUUGUGACCAUCAAGCUUUCCAGCAUGCCAGUGAGACGGCCAGCCCCAGUGAGGAGAUGAAAUGUCUGCUAAAUCCAGUCUACCUGGAGCACGACGCGUACGCCAUGUUCUCGCAGCUGAUGGAGACCGCAGAGCCCUGGUUCUCCAGCUUUGAGCGGGAAGUGAGGAAGGGGAAGGAAGAGAUGUUGACCAGCAUCCCGUUUGCCCGGCCCCAGGAUGCUGGGCCAUCCGUUGCCAUAGUAACCAAAGUCAACCGGAUCCAGGACCAGCUGGUGAAGAAGCACGACAUAGAACUACACAUGCACCUCAACCGGCUGGAGAUCGCCCCCCAAAUCUACGGCAUCCGGUGGGUUCGCCUGCUUUUCGGCCGCGAGUUUCCUCUCCAGGACCUCCUGGUGGUGUGGGACGCCCUGUUUGCAGACAGCAUCACUCUGGACUUGGUGGACUACGUCUUUGUGGCUAUGCUGCUUUACAUCCGAGAUGCUUUAAUCGCCAGUAACUUCCAGACAUGCCUGGGCCUGCUAAUGCACUAUCCCCCAAUAGGAGACAUCAACUCUUUGCUGCAAAAGGCCUUGUUCCUGCGAGAUCCCAAAAACAACCCACGACCUGUCAACUACCAGUUCCAGCAGAACCUGGAUUACUACAAAACGAGGGGAGCUGACCUGAUGAAGACGACACGAUCUAGUUCCAGUGGGAAGGCCGCUCCCCUCAACAUCAACAAGGUGUCCAGCAGCCUGCUGAGCUUCGGCCGGAAGCUCAUCUCUCCGGCCAUGUCCGGGGCCCCCAGCGGCAUCUCCCCCAUCAACAGCGAGGUGCACUCGUCGCCGUCUCCUUCCUCCUCGUCCACGCCGCCGGCGCCCGCCCCGACGCACCCAUUGGCCGAGGCCCCGCCCCCGGCGCCCGCCGCCCAGGGCCCGGCUCACAGUUACCGCCUGCUCAAGUCCGAGAGCAUGCCGGUCCACCUCAGCAAAGAUGGACUUACAGGUGGAGUGUCUCAGCGCUCUCUCCCCGCACAGGCUCACACUGACACACAAGGCCAAAGCUCCCGGACAGUCAGCUCCUCCACCAGCAUAGAGAGCCUCUGCGGUGGGCGGGGCCAGUCCACCUCCUCUCCCCCCCUCCCCCUCUCCAGGGGGAGCGAUGCCAGCGCCUCCUCCCCUCCGCUCUCCGCCACCAGAAAGGACUCUUUCUUCAACAUCACUCGCUCCCGCUCCCACAGCAAAACCAUGGGCAAGAAAGAGCUGCAGGAGGAGGACCUGGAGGCCCAGGUGUCCUUUCUCCAGGGCCAGAUUAACGACCUGGAGGCCAUGAGCAAGUACUGCGCCAAGAUGAUGAACGCGCACAUCUGUAAAAUCCAGGAAGUGAUUCUCCAAGAACACCUGCAGAAAGAGGACGAGGUCCUCGUGUCUCUGGCCGGACUCAAACAGAUCAAAGACAUCCUGAAGGGAGCGCUGCGCUUCAACCAGAGCCAGCUGGAGGCCGGGGAGAACGAGGAGAUCACCAUCGCCGACGACCACUACACGUCCACGGCCGCCGCGGCCGCCGAGACCGCCCUGAGCGCCGUCAACCACCACAGCGGUCAGCAACAGCAGCAAGGCGGAGACGGCAGGGGCGGCCGGGACUCUGACCUGGAGGGGAACGCCAGCACGGACGAGAAAGACGAAGAGUCGGGAAUGACCCUCCCUGAGCAACAGGUGGCGUCGUCUGUGGGCUCGGAGGCUAAGAACUGGGACGACUACAUCCUCGUGUCUCAGGACGUGGAUCUGCAGGCCGAGGGGGGAGGAGGAGGGGGAGGAGGAGGAGGGGGCCGGGCCCCGGCGGAGCACACCCCCCCGGUGAGGCGGGGCCGCGGCACGGUGCGCCUGGAGCCGGAGGGAGCCUCGGAGACUUUCCACGACCCGCUGACGGCGGCCACCGCCUCGGGCUCCUCCAGCCCCGACGAGGGCUCCACCCACAGCAAGGACUCUGACUUCACCAUCGUCAACCCGAACGACCUGUGA